AUGGAACAGCACGAAUUGACGUCACAUGUUGGCAAACAUACUCAGUCUUCUAUCGAUGAAACACCACCAGGAGGUGGGGAGAAUCAAACUCCUACGACCGACGCAAGCCAUCGACUGUUCAAUUUCACUCAAAUCUUUUUCUUUUCCCUGACGUUCAUGUCAAGCUGGGAGAACCAGGCUUUGAACCUGAAUGCCGUGCUCACGAAUGGUGGCCCUGAGGCUCUAGCCUGGGGUGUGGUGGUUGUGAUCUUCGGCGCCAUGGCUUAG